UCCAGAUCACUGGAGUGAGCUCCGCAAUCACAAUCAAAUUUUAUUUGUUUUUUUUUAUUAUUAUUAUUAUUGUUUGUUCUUUGCAAUCUUUUAAAAUAAUUCCCCAAGAACAAUCAUGCCUGAAUUUUUCCAGGGUUCUUUGAAAUAUGACACAGUCUUCCUAAUGUCAGUGUAAUAGCCAUUUGGUGACUGUGACCCUUUGUGAACAUGAGUGUUUUUUUGCAGGUGGCUGUCAGCUGGGCCCAUACUGAUGUCACGGUGGCUACAUGCGAUAAGUUUCUGCGUCUGCCUUGGGUGGGUCCAGCCUGACAAGCGGCACUUCCUUCCCCCUCACAUAUAGAUGUGAAAACAUCUGCCCAAGCUGGCAGUCAGAGGGGAUGACAGUCAGCAUCAAGGCACAGUGACAGCAGGUUCUCAGCACAGGGCAUCAACAAUGCUGCUGACUGUAGGGAAUCCUAUCGGGACGAUUUGAUCACUGCGCCAUACUUAGGUGGACAGUGACAGCUGAUGUCUUUACGUCUUCACGCACACUGCAGCUGUCGUCUGAGCUCUCAGCUCUCCCGGCCCGUCUUAGACACCUCCAGUAAGACAGUGAGAGAGAGUGAGAGCUGCCAGAGGACCUGCCCUGCUCCCUGAGUACCACAGCACCCCCUCCAUCACCAUGCAGAUCUUGAGCAUCGUGGGAUUCUGCCUCGAGCCGUACGGGAAGAACGGCAGCGAUGUGGUGCUGGAGCACUACAACCACACGGGCCGGCUGCAGAACAGGAAGCCUGAAGGCAGCGGGGUCUCCCUCACUAAAGCUGUCUUCCUCGGCAUCAGCAUGCUCAUCGUCCUGGAGAACCUGCUGGUGCUGACGGCCGUGCUCUUCCGCAUCCGGCAGCGCCGUCGCUGGGUCUACAUCUGCAUCGCCAACAUCACCCUCAGCGACCUGCUCGCCGGGGUCGCCUACGUGGUCAACCUCCUAAUGUCCGGCAGAAAGACCUUCGAGCUGAGCCCCAGCCAGUGGCUUUUCCGUGAGGCAGUGCUCUUCGUGACUCUGGCAGCAUCCAUCUUCAGCCUGCUGCUGAUCGCUGUCGAGAGGUACACCACCAUGAUGAAGCCUCUGCGCCGUAAGUCGGACUGGACAUCCUGCCGUAUCUACAUCAUGGUGGCCCUCUGCUGGCUGGCAGCCUUCAUCAUGGGCUUCCUCCCCCUACUGGGCUGGAACUGUAUCUGCCAGAAGGACAGCUGCUCUACCCUACUGCCUCUGUACUCCAAAAGUUACAUCUUAUUCUCCCUCAUCGUCUUCCUUCUCAUCCUGACGGGAAUCGGCGUACUCUAUGGCGCCAUCUACUGCCACGUGAGGCGGAGCUCACAAACCGGGCAGAUACCCAGCCACAAGCGCUAUCUGCAGCUCUUAAAGACAGUCAUCUCCAUAGUGGGAGUCUUCGUGGUGUGCUGGGGACCACUCUUCUUCCUGCUGCUGGUCGACUACUUCUGCUACUCACGCAUGUGUGGCCCACUCAACAGCGCUGACUGGGUGAUCACGCUGGCGGUGCUCAACUCGGCCAUCAACCCCGUCAUCUACUCGCUGGGCAGCACCGAGCUGCGGCGGUCCAUUGCCGGCCUGCUGUGCUGCAGCUGCGUGAAGGCCGGCCUCUGCGACGCCAACGCCUUCCUGUCCAAGGAGACCGACAGCACGUCCGGCAGUUUGAACCGGCAGAGCAGCUUACAUAACAGUUUCAGCAGGGUGAGGAGCAUGAGCACCAGCCCCCAGCCCCAAACUAAAGCCAAGAAGGUCCGCCUCAGCUCCACCACCUCCUGCUUAUCAGUGUCGAGCAGUUAAACCACAAAACCCCAACCUCUGCAACCCCACCCAAACCCCUACCUGUUCACUGCAGAGUCUCUCAAUCCGGUCUUCAGCGACCUGCAGAUGGUCCAUAUUUCUCAGUUACAAUAAAAUCUGCUUUGUUUACUUUUUUUUUUAACUAUUGCAGAAGCACAAUGCUUAAUAAUAGCUCAGAAAUGCACAACAGCUCCUGCAGGCUCAUUUACACACAGACACACACACAAUGUUGACUGAGGGUGAUAAAUAUGUAUGUUUAAUGUAUUGAGUCUUUAUGAUGAAUGUAUGAUUUCUUACUGAGGGUUAGACGUGUAUAAAAAGACAUGGAAAAACAAACAUUUGUGACUGGAUUGAUAUGCUGUUCUAAAAGCACUGUAUUUGAAUGUAUUUCAUAUUUUUCUAUGAAUAAACUGGGAUAUUUUAUAUCCUA